AUGAUCUCCAAUUGUCUGCUGCGUGCUUCGGCCGUAGUGGCUGGCCUCGUGGUCUCGACCACGGCUGCCGCCGUCCUCAACGUCAAAGUUGACAGCAGUGUUAAUACCGUGGAGGUUGCCGACAGCGGUAACCUCAUCUAA